UUAGCUAAUUGGAAAAGCCAAUUGCAAUUACUUACUUACUUAUUCAUUGCUUAAUUGUUUUACCACAUUUUUUAUUUAGAAAUAUAAUCUGAGACACUAAUUUUCCAGACUUUUUUAUGUAAUUUAUCAACUUUGAUAUAAUCACUAUUUUGAGCCUCACAAUAACCAGAAUGUUAAUUACUGCUAUGAUCCUAUGAUUUUGAUCAGUUGGUAGGUAGGAUGGUAUGUAAAAUAGAUUAAUAGCCACUGUUUUCAAUGUCAAAGUUAAAUUUAACCUGACACAUUUCAGAGUAGCAUGAAUUCAGUUUGGUAUUAGUUGUUAAGUCAGCCCUUAUUUUACAAAUAUCAAACAGAAUCAAAUAGAAUGCAAGUGUGUUUUUUCUUCCUCACACAUUUGAUGUUCCUCUAACAGGUUGCCUUUUUCAUUUUCUGAUGGGCGUGAGGCCAUUACUCCAGCAAUCCAUGAAAAUUAUUUAGAUUGAUUUUUUGUGUGUGUGUGCGUGUGUGUGACAGAAAUGUGAGUAGAAUGGCCCUCUGUGGCGUUCCUUUAAUACACUCAUGUCCUGUCUCUUUAUUCCUGCUUUCCAUCUUUUGUUUCCUCUUUAAACCUCCAUCGCUCUCUGUUCGUCUUUAGUGCUGCAGGGCCCCUGGGCACAACACACACGCACAGGGCCCCUGCUGGUCUUUAAAGAGUUGCACUUCGCUUUGUGUGUGUUUAUGUGUGUGUGUGUCGGCGGUGGCGACUGUAGCCUGCCAACCUCGUCAGCUUCAUUAGGUUCGUGAUGGUCCAUCCGUGAGAGGAUGGGCGGCAGGGUGUGUGUCUCUGCUCCAGCCUUUUACCCCCUUCAGCAUCUCCCCGAGCUGUGAUGCGCCCCUCCUGGCCCCUUAACACCCCCAAACUCCGCACACACACACACACACACACACACACACACACACAGCAGCCACCCCUUGCGUCUGUGUCCGCCACCAAAAGGCUUGUGAGGAUUUGUCAGCCAGAUGUGACAAGAUUGUCAAGAGGCAGGCGAGGAGAGAGGGAGAUCUGAUAUUAAUCAGAGCGUAGCUGGGAGCCAAACUCUCUCAGACUCAGUGUACUAACAUGUUCCCCUCAUUUACUCCCUCUCUGAGCCAAACACUCCCUCCUAGUUCCUAACAGGGAGCCACAUACACCAGGAAGCCAACCCCCCCCACCACCACCACGAGCUCAUUGUCUUUUAAGAUUUUCUAUUCUUUAAAAGAAGCCAAGCAUUUUCUCAUGGAUAUUCAGGCUAUCUGCUGCACUUUGGUGAACUGUAACUGUGACAGCUUCAAGCCUGGGAAGCUGAAGAGGAGGCAGUGUGAAAACUGUAAGCAUGGCUGGGUAGCACACGCCCUGAGUAAGCUGAAGGUGCACCACAUGUACCAGAGCAGCCAGGUGGAGAUUGUGCACUCCAAUGUGGUGUUCGAUAUCUGCAGCCUGAUGCUGUACGGCACCCAAGCCAUCCCUAUCCGCCUCAAGAUUCUCCUGGACCGCCUCUUCUCUGUCCUCAAGCAGGAGGAGGUCAUCCAGAUCCUCAAUGCACUUGACUGGACACUGCAAGACUACAUACGAGGAUACGUGCUCCAGGAUAUAGCAGGGAAGGUGCUUGACCGGUGGGCCAUCAUGACGUUCGAGGAGGAGAUUGCCACGCUGCAGCAGUUCCUGCGUUUUGGCGAGACCAAGUCCAUAGUGGAGCUGAUGGCUCUGCAGGACAAGGAGGGCCAGGCAGUUUUGGUUCCCAGUACACGCACCAAUUCAGAUAUCCGCACUUUCAUUGAGCGUAACACCCCACGCACUGCUGCCAACCUCUCUACAUCCAAAGUUGAUAAGCUGAGCGGUAACAGCAUGCACCACUUUGAGAACUUCAUAAACAGUAUGGCCUUCAUGCUGCCAUUCCAGCUGUUAGGCACUGUUCCUGCCCCGUUUCUGGGCUCACCAACAGGGGCACUGCAGCAGCAGCAACAUCAGCAAGACCAGCAGCCAUGCCAUGGAUCAAUGGAGCAGCAGAAUCAGAGACGAGAUGAUCAAGGGCGGGACGGUCUAGGUAGGGACAACCUCCUCCCUCUUUCACACCCCCCAGAGAACAGCCUGCUAGGUUCCAGCUCUGUCACAUUCACUGCUGAUCUAGACCGAAGUGGAGACAAGCCAAUGGACAACCUCUCCACCACCACAAAGAUCGAGGCAGAGGACUUCUCCACUAGUGACAACUACUCGGAUGGACCCUCCACUCCGUGCACGCCCUCCAUGAGCUCUGAUGUAACACAGAUGUCACCUGAGGGCAAGCUGCGCUCACUGGACAGGAACGGGAGCGGCGGUGGAGGGGUGUCAGGAGGUGGUGGGGGAGGGGGUUCUCUGAAGAAGGGUCGCGUAUUUUGCAACGCCUGUGAGAAAACAUUCUACGACAAAGGCACACUGAAAAUCCACUACAAUGCAGUACACCUGAAGAUAAAGCACAAGUGUACCAUCGAGGGCUGCAACAUGGUGUUCAGCUCACUGCGCAGUCGCAAUCGGCAUAGUGCCAACCCGAACCCGCGGCUACACAUGCCUAUGAACCGCAACAACCGGGACAAAGACCUGCGGGGAAGCUUAUCUGCGGAUGAGGGCUCUCAAGGAGAGAAGAGGCCUGAAUAUGGAACCCCCAUCCCUGUCUGCUCUGCAGAUAGCCAUAAGUCAGUGCCCAGCUAUAUGGUGAGCCAUGUGGACACUGGCUCUAAACUCCACAGCAGCUCGUUCCCCAGCAUGGGCCAGAGUGGCAUCCUCUUCCCUAACUUAAAAACAGUACAGCCAGUCCUGCCUUUCUACCGCAGCCUGGUGACCCCAGCAGAGCUUGCAAACACCCCAGGAACACUGCCAUCCCUUCCUCUGUUGUCCUCCUCUGUACCCGUCAAACCCAUCACAGCCCCUGAACCCUACAUGACAGACCAUAUACCAAAGAAAAAGUCUCGGAAGUCAAGCAUGCCAAUAAAGAUAGAGAAGGAGGCGGUGGAGCGAGAUGAGCAGAUGGAUAAGGGGAGCAGCUCUGAAGAAGAGGCUCCUUUACAGGGCAGGGACAAAGAAGAGUGUGACAGUAGUCGAGCAGAGGGGCAUAUGUGCGCAAGACAAGUUGGGGAGGAGAAGGAGGUGAGAGGGGCUUACAUUGGUGAAGAGAAGGAAAGGGAAGGCACCAAGCAUCUGUUAGACCAAACUUUAGAUGGUGAAAUGACAGAGACAGAGGACAAAAAUAAUGGGCCAAGGCAAGUGGAAACAGGGGUCAUCACUUGUGCAUCCUCCCCCUUCGAAAACAGACUGAUGGAGAAUCACUGUGACAACAACUUACUCUGUCAGGAACCCAAUGGCAGUGAAGAAAGGGAGGACAGGGAGCAUGCAAACUCGCUGCAUGCAGCUGACAAAAUUUCAGAGCUCAGAUGGGAUGAGGGUGAACACAGGCUGACUAAUGGGGGCGCUCCCCAACUCAUAGACCGUGAGAGGGAGGGAUCUGAUGGUUGUGUAGAUGACUAUGGUGACUCAUGUUUGUCUCACCUCGACCCCGACGCUGACCUGCCACACUACUGUGAGAUCUGCAGUAAAACCUUUAAGAACCCAUACAGCGUCAAGAUGCACUACCAAAAUGUCCACCUGAAGGAGAUGCACAUGUGCACAGUGGACGGUUGCAAUGCUACCUUCCCCUCCCGCAGGAGCCGAGACAGACACAGUGCAAAUUUGAACCUACACCACAAGUUGCUGACCAAAGACUCAUUCAGCCCAGCCAGCACCCUCUACUCGCCCUCAAACUACUGUAGAGACAGAGACUCUGUUGGCCUGGACUACUGCCAAGACCAGCGGGACAGAGAUCUGCCCCAUCGAGACCCAACUAGCCAGACCUCCGUCAUCUUCCGAGGACACAACCGCAUGGGCCUGGUCUUCCCUAUGAGCAAAAUGUCUACUGCAUCAUACAGUGCCGAGGCACCUCCCUUAGGAGGGAUGGAGGGAUUAGAAGUAGGAGGAGAAGGUGGUGGAAGUGGGGAGGAUGGGGCAGUCCUGGACCUGAGCACCUCCUCCUAUGCUCCACCUCGUGGCAGUGGCAGUGCUCGAUCUGCCUGGGACUCAGAUGGAGCGGGUAGUGAAGAAGGGGAAGGGAUUGAAGAGGAUGAGGAGGCGCUCCCAAUGGAGGACAGUGAUGAAAGCUGUGAUGGGAUCGGUGUGGGGAGGCCUGGGGGCGAGGAGUAUGCACUCGGGGGAGAGAGGACCGUUGGGGGAGGACAAGGCGGGCUUCAGGGAGGUGGGGGGGGAUCUCCGAUAAUCUGCCACGUCUGCCAAAAGGUCUACAGCAACAAGGGCACAUUCAGAGCCCAUUACAAGACUGUCCAUCUGCGACUGCUUCACAAGUGUAAAGUCCCUGGCUGCGAUAUAUCCUUCUCCUCUGUGCGAAGCAGAAACAGGCACAGCCAGAACCCAAACCUUCACAGGAACCUAGCUGUUAGCUCAGGUGCCACGAUGGACCAGGAGUAGGGAUUUGAGCUCAUUUGCUAACAAGACUGAUUUCCUUUAUUCAAAUGUUCUUUUUGUUAUUGUUUUCAUUUUUGGGCACCUAAAGAAGGCUCACCAAUUAGCCCAUUUUAAAUUCCAUACCGUAGACCAUCUACUUGUCAUAUUUUGGGAAAAAAGAAAGUACAAUCAGGUUCAUCGGUUCGUUUGUUGUGGCAAAUGCAACUUGCUUUUGGAACAAAUGGCUUCCCUAACCCUUACCCUUCUGCAAUAAAAUAAUGGAUAAAGCAGUGCAUGCAUCUGUUUACACAUCAACACAUAAAGAACAACCAAAACAUACAUCUGUCAGUAAAUUAAUUUUCAGCAUUGAGAAAUGCAACCUUAAUGAGUCUCAAUCUUUUGUUGUGAUGCAGUACUGAUUUCUUUGUAUUGGUUUGCCUUACAGCCCAGUUUAGACCGUAAAAAAUUUAUCUGUAUGAACUGAAUUUUUCCAUGUGUUGUCCAAGUGAGAGUUGAGCCAUGAAACUGUAUCAUGCGAGUGAUUUCUUUCUGGUGAUUUUGUUGUGUGAUGUAUGUCCACAUCUUCCCUGUGAAGCUGUGCAUAAUGUAUUGAUCAAAAGCAGUAGUGAAGUAACCUCUACAUGUGUCAUUUCAUUCAUUUGGACAAUGGUCAUCAAAAAGAGUCUUUGUUGAAAAGCUAUAGUGUUGUGAGCUUGACCAAUAAGUUAUUGUAUGGUGUUAUAUGAUAUGUCUUUACUGUUCUGGUUGUUGCAUACUGCUAAUGUUGACCAAAGAUUUUUUCAGUCCACAGGUGUGUGUAUAGAAACCCCUUCAUACUUUGAGGGGUAUGCAGUAUUAAAAGGGCCCAUCCAGUCUUCUCUCAACUACUUUGUAAUUAACAGCAGUAUUCAGGCGUGGGCUCUCUUGUAAAAUAAAAUCAAAUCACCCAAAAAGACCAACAACUUUUGACUGAUCAGGGUGAAGAAAAUAUCUUGAUUUUGGUGGUGUUUUUAUCAAGAAAUCUGCUCAUGGGACUAGACUUGAUUAAGGCAUUGUUCUUGUAUUGUUUGUGUGGUUGCUUGCAGUAUCCUGACUGACUGGACAAACAGCUGGAAGAUAUGCUGUGUCUGGAGGCUAGAAGCAUGUACUGUGAAUGAGUCAAACACUGAGAAAUAAUAAUUUAAAAAAAUGCAAUUUAUAAUAAUCGCCCCACACGUGAGCACACCCUAAAAAAGAACUGGUAAACAAAAUGUUUAUUGAACUGUAUAUUCUGUGAAUAGAGUAAUUUGUUAUCUGAAAGAAACCAAAAAAUAUAUUGUAUAAAAUCGGUUAAUUUCACCACUAACAUUACAUGUUUUUUUUAUUUUUCAAAAAUGAAUGAACAAGAACAUUGUGUUGUACAUGUCUGAUUAUUUCACCAUGGUUUACUGUUCUGGUUUUGCUCUGUAUUCUGCAUAUUUUUUCGUUCUGUAUUUAAAUGCAUUGGGCCAGAUUUAAAAUGUUUGUUGUUUGGAUUUGCUAAAAAAAGGAGCAAAAACUGACAUAUGUUGAUAGGUGUUCAUGCUUCCUUUGAUUUAAUGUUACAAUAUUCAUUCCAAUUAAAUAAAAAGCCAUAUGUUUGCAA